GACAAAUGCAAGGCCAUCAUUUGCUGCCCCAAAGAGCGUGGAGCAACGGUCUCUUGAGUACAUCCAAGAGCUUCGUGAGUGGUUGAGCCCCAGCAUCACAGAGCAGCCUGAUGAGAAGGACUUGGAUGCGGAGCCUGAGCCCGAGAAGGUGGACUCUACGACUGAGACUGAGGGCUCAGGUCAGGAGUUUGAGGAGGAUGAGAGGUAUGAGGAGGAGAAGGAGGAGAGCAAUGAGGAGCAGAUGUCGGGUGAGGAAGAGGAGCAGUCUGAUGAGCUGGAGGGUGGGGCUCCAUUGCAAUGGCGAAUGGAGAUUCCUCCAGCUCCUCCUGCAGUUCCGAAGCCUUUGACACUUGGGGUGGAUUUGCCAAUGCCUCCACCAGUGCCGACA